AUGAAGUUGAUUUUUACACCGUUGAUUCGACAGUACGUGUUGGUUGUGACAGCAAAUUUGGCUAUUUUAACAACCGGUAUGAGUCUUGCUUGGCCAUCACCCUCGAUGGUAAAGUUGCGGAAUGCUGCCGAGACUCCCCUGCCAAGUCCUAUCACAGAUGAAGAGGGGUCAUGGGUCGUUGCUGGGGGUUUUAUAAUUGCAGUAUUUACUAACUUUCUAUCAAGAAUAAUGACCGAUAAAAUAGGCAGAAAGCAAUGCAUUAUAUUCGCUUCUAUAGUCAAACUUUUUGGGGCGAUCACUCUAGUCUUUGCCAAUGAAGUUUGGAUUUUCAUAUUAUGCAGGACUGCAAUGUUAAUAUUUGAUUGCUGUUUACUCGUCGUAAUUCCGGUAUACGCUUCUGAAAUAGCUAAUAAGGAACAAAGAGGUGCGCUAGGCACUUUUCUUCAACUGUUUUCAUCAGUGGGCGUGCUAUUCACUCUGUCACUGGGUCCAUUUCUCCAAUAUAAGACAUUUAGCAUCAUAAAUGCGAGCGUAUUUGCUGUUCUUACUGUACCUUUGCUGUUCUUACCAGAUACACCAUUUUAUUUUUACUCUAAAGGUCGUCUAGAUGAAGCUAUGACGGUACUGACAAGUAUACGUGGGUCAGAAAUUCUGGCAAAACAAGAAUUAGAAGAAUACAAAGUUUCAAGUGAUAAGUCCAAAAGGAAAAUAGACAAAUCUGCUUUAUUUAAAAACAAAGCGUUCUUAAGAGCUUCAUGUCUAGGUCUUAUGUUAACUGGUGGAAGUCAAAUGAUUGGUUCAAACGCCAUCAACUUUUAUUUGCAAACAAUUCUAGAAUCCACGAAGACCAGUGUACCAUCAGAAAUAGCAUCGGUUAUUGUUGGAUGUAUUCAAGUUUUGGCUAGUUUUUGUACCACUUUCAUCAUGAACACCUUUGGAAGGAGAAAUAUUUUGAUGUCAUCUCUUGUUGGAAUAUUAGUUGGAAUGUUGGGACUUGGAACAUUUUUCGAGAUAGGUGGAGUCGAGGGCUACGUAGUAACUGGUUUUAUGAACUAUUUGCCGAUCAUCUCCUUGAUACUUGUCAUAUUUUGCUAUAACGUUGGAAUUGGAUCAGUCCUCUGGGUUGUCGUAUCAGAGUUAUUUGAGGGACCAUCCCGGGCACUGGGUGUCACUAUCAGCUUCACAUCAUCCAACACCCUAAUAUUUGUAACGACUAAGUAUUUCGCACUGAUGACCACAGCUUUGGGUCCCGCGACCACUUACUGGUUGUUUAGCUCAAUGUGUGUUUUGCUUUUUGCAACAAUCGCUAUUUUCUUACCAGAAACCAAAGGGAAAUCGUUUAGCGAUAUACAAAUAGCGUUAGGGGAUAAUAUCGAUGUCCAAGAAAAUAUAAAUGAGAAUAAAAAGUACAAUAUACCU